AAAGGACCUUAAAGCUUGUAGGCUAAAACUGGCAUAAAAGGUAAGCAUUCCAGGCACGUUUUGUACUCCGAGUGAAGCCAUACACGUGAUUAUGAAUCGUGGAAAGUAUUCGCGAGUUCCUAUUUCCCCUUGGGGUAGAAGCUGGGAGAAGCAGCAGGAGUGGCUGCACAGAAAGCACAGAGGAGAGCGUGCCUGGGGGUUUGCACCGGAGCUGCUCACAGCGUCACGUCACGAAUGGAUUCUGCUGACCCGAACAUUUCAUUCCUGUGAGCAAGCCUCUGCUUCUGCGCUACCACCGAUCCCUUCCAUGGCUCCUGGCUUCAGGGAAAAACUGAGAUGUUUUGAAGCUGUUAGAGGCAAAGCAAACCCAGACAAGUCUUCGCUCUCUGCAUUGUUUAAACUCGGGGAAUUUGUUGUUGAAAAAAACAGUGGAGAAAUAUUGAAAGCAACGAACACAUCUGUACAGUUCUGCACUUGAGCGUGGCAGGCGUACCUCCCAGGGCUCCCCCGGCUCUCAUGCAAACGCUUUUCUGAGAGGACUUGGAGUGAGGAGGCACCUGCCUCGGGCUGCCCUGCCGCUGCCCUGCCAGUGCCUUCUGCUAAAGGAACGAGAAGAGGCUGAUUCCCCUCGCUGGGAGGCAUUUUUAAGGCAAACUUACCGCCUUUCCUCACACAAACCUUGGCCACAUCUUCUGUCCACCCUGGUGCUCCUGGAGCAGGACUGACGGAGAGACACGGGCACGGAGAGGACUGGGGGCUCUUUGAAAGGGAUUUCAAGCCGAGGCUGCAGGAGGUGGUGGCUUCACCCGAGGCUUUCCUGUGACAUGAUAAUUGAGCUGCAUUUUUGUGGCUCCAUGACUCUGACACCAUAGUUUUGCACAGACGUUAAAUUGCACCUUGUAGGAACCUGGGCAGCUGCGCUGGGAAGUCCCACAAGAAGCAGAGGGCGAUUUUUUGAGAUUCGCAAUGAGGGAAGGCACGAACUGUAAGCAUUUUUGGCGGAUUCUCCUAAGGAGUAUUCCAGCCUCGCGUGUUCCUACCUCCCUGCAGAUCUUCAGCUUUGACUCCGUACAAAUUAUCAAAUGACUGCUGUCAUGAGCGCGGUGCCGAGCCAGACGAUGGGUGUCCUUGUUGCAUAAUGCAGAGCUGUGGCCAGGGGAGUUUUUAGCAAUAGUGGGGAAGGGCGGGGUGUGGAGGCCACACUCUGUAAUUGAGGAUCAAAGGUAAUCGUCUCUGCUGCUCAAUGUGUGGGGCAGCCGCUCAGCUGCAAAAGGCAGGAGUGUCGGGAAGCAUCUCACAUCCAAACCUUUUGUCACCAGGGAGAAGCGAAGAGGGAAGGCUUUCGGCAGCUGCUCAAAGGCGAAGAUGGAUUUCAAGAGCAUGAAGAACUAUCUCUACUGGCUGUACUGCCAGUUUGAACUCAUCACCUGCAGCUACCUCAUGGAGCCCUGGGAAAAACUGCUUUUCUACACUUUUAACAUCACCAUGUUAGUGAUGAUAUCGUACACCGCUUACAUCUUUAUCCCCGUCCACAUUAGCACGGCUUUUCAAUUCUUCUUGCACUUGCUUGGAAACCAACAUGAGAACGCUGUUUCUAUCGUGAAGUAACAUUGGCAACCUGAUGCUGACUUUUGGAUCAAGGAAGUGUUUUUCUUAACACUCCAUUUCUGUUUAGAAAGACAGGUUCAGGGUGCGUGCAAACACUGUUUUAUUCCGCAGUAUCUCUUAGUUUUCUUCUGUGUUCUGGGACUCUGUGACAGCAAAUUAUUUUGCCAAAACAAUUUCAAUCAGUCCUUGUUUUUAUCAUUUGACUGACUGCUUUUUAAAGAGCUUUCAGUUUUAAAGACUGGCUGGAGUUAUGGAGCUGGGUUUGGUACAGAAACGACUGUGCUGCAUAUAUCGUUAUUCCGGGGAGAGCUGCUUGGAUAUGGAGCUUUCAUCUUCAGAAAUUACAUGGCAUGUAUUUGUUCUGGUCUGCCACAGCUUUGCUGACGGGAAAGAUGUAUACAUGAAAGAUUUUGUACGAUAUUAUACAACCAUAAGCUGCUUCUAUGUAACUAGUCUUGGUAUGUAUGUAUAUAUGUGAUGAUUUUAGUUUUUAUUCCGUUUGCCUCAAUUAUUUAGCAGUGAAUUAUUUGAGUGGUUCAGUAUCAUUACGUAAACAACG